GGCCCGCGCCGCCGCGCCCGUGUUCGCGGUGCAGACCUCGCCGUGGAGCUCCGUGAGCAUGAACAUGGAGACACCGUCCGAGCGGUCAACAAUUACGCGCAUUCCCUUCUUAAGCUACGGCGCUUCGAAGAAGCCAAGGCACUGUUGCGCAAAACGAUGCCCGUGGCGCGACGCGUUCUCGGCGAGAAUAACGAGACCACGCUCAGGAUGAGGACGAUUUACGCGGCGGCGCUCCACAGGGACGACGCUGCUACGCUCGACGAUCUCCGCGAGGCCGUGACGACGCUCGAGGACACCGAACGGACAGCGCGGCGCGUGCUCGGCGGCGCUCAUCCGGACACAGGGUGGAUUGAGAGGGCCCUACAAAACGCCCGAGCCAUGCUCCGCGCCCGUGAGACGCCGCCGGGGAGCGCAUAA